AGGUGGCCAGCGACGGGGGCGUCGCAGACAUCCAUGGGCGAGCUCCUGGAGGCCAGGUGCGGCGAGUGCGGGCCCGCGCACCUGGCGCUGCUGCUGCACGGCCUGGCCAAGGCACGGGCCCAGCCGCCGCCCUUUGCCUGGCGCCUUCUUGCGCAGCGGGCGCGGGCGUCUGAGCUCGACCCCGCCAACGCGGUGCGCGCCGUGCUGGCCGCGGCGAAGGCGGACUGGUGCGACGGGGCCGUGAGGAUCGGCGAGACAUGUCGCACAGCUUGGACGACCUUUGUGAGGAGGCGGUGUGCUCCCUCGCAUACGCGAGCCUGCACCCGUAUUAUCAGGGACGCCUGGGUUGACGCGGUUGCUGCAGCACGUGCGCACAGCCGCGCCAUCGGCACCGCGUCCUUUGCGCUCCAGGUCCGCACGGCGCUCUCGGCGCUUCGCCUGCUCGCGGGCCCGCGCGCGCUCUCGGGCGAGGGCGCUGCGCCGGGCACGCUUUCCGCGCUGGCCGCGCUGGAGGCGGAGACCCGCGUGCAGCCCCGCUGGGUGCAGGGCCCUGGGCGCCGCUCCGAGCUGCAGCUCGAGGUGCAGCAGGCAGCGCUGGAGCUCUGCCGGCGGGGCGGCGGCGCGGCCGAGCUCCGCUGGGAGGUGUGCGCGUGGCCUCUGUCCAUCGACAUAGUCCUUUGUGGCGUCGCGGGGGGGAAAAGGUGCAGCCAGUGCCAGACGUGCGAGUGGAAUGCGGUGUUACUCCGCCGCCAACUGGCACGCAACAAGUGCGGCAACACAGUCGAGUUGUACCGUGGCAGGAAACGAGGAGCACGCUUCUCGUCGUUCGAGAGCGAUGACGAGCACUUCUACGACGCUACGAGCGACAGCGAGGGCGAGAGCGUGCAGCCGCCCCGCAAGCCGCUACCGCCUGGCAUCCUCAAGAAGGGCACUACAGGUGGCGGCAAGGGGAGCAAGGGCGCGUUUGUCCGUGGGUUGUCGCGGCAGGCGCUGGAGGCAGCCAAGGACAACGAUGAGCUGAAGCGGGGUCCUGCCGCGGGCAGUGGGGCGCAGCCCACCGCCGCUGCUCCUGGGCCUGCGCCCCCUGGGAGCAACGGCGCGCCUGGGGCCAGGGCCGAGGGCGGCAGGAUUCGCAAGGAGGCUCUCAAGGCUGAGGCCGGCAGGCUGUCGGGAGCAAAGUUCAAGGCGGCGGAGCUGAGGGGGGCAUCGGGGGACAGUGGCGCGAUCUACGAUGCCAAUGUCACCAGCAUGACGGACAAAGCAUGGCAACUCAUAUCGCAGCAGGGCUACGCCAUCGCGGUCAUUGUGUUGCACGCUUCCCCGAGGAUUGGUAUUUCAGGGCGCAAUCGCGUGAGGUUGUGCAGAUUGGGUGGUAUCCUGAGCUCAACGCAUAUGCCGCGGGAGUGCAUCGGGGACUACAACACGCGGCCAGAGGCGGUGGCCAAGCCCAAAUUCCUGGAGCAAGUCGGAGGUGACGUCGUGGGCACCUGCGCCACAAAGUACGGGGACGACAGCAUUCUUGAUUACGUCGUAAUGAGUUCGUCGGCUGUCUCAUUCGCGAAGCAGGUGGUCCCAAUCAGGGAUGUGACGCGGUGGCCCCAGAUAGGCUUAGCCAACGCCCUGCGCGCGUCGGGCCAGCAAACGCAGACUCGUGAGCCCGAGUUCCCAGGGCGCUUACCUCAGACCCUGAAGCCUCGUUUGGAUCAUGCCGCUGGCUCCAAAUCGGGCGCCACUAGAACUAAACUGAUAGCUGCGCGGCAUCCCGCCCAUGAGAGGCGAAUCGGAUUUUCUGAAAAGCAGUUUGGGGACUGCCUCCAGGUUCACUUGGGACCUCGGGACCCUGCUGGUCAGCUGCGCCAGAGGGAGCCCGAGGAGGACCUGGAUCCCAAGUUUCUGUUUCACUCCGAGUGCGAAGUGGACCCCAGGGCCAACGUGUUCAAUUUCUGUAGCGAUGUGCAGCUGCCGCGCACUCUCGAGCCUCUGGAAGAACCAUUGGGCAAGGCCCCCCUGGAGCUCCAGCAGGUUCGCCGCGCGCCCGGCUCGGACACGGGCACGCGCAGCGUCGGGAGGCCGCCCAAUGGCAACGCGAGUAUCAACCCAGGUAAGGAGCUGCCCCGCGACCAGUGGAUCAGCACCCUCAAGUGCCCGCUGACGGCGGCGACCCCAGUCUUGGAAUCGUUUGUUGAAAGCGCGAAGAAGCAGCAGGCUCACGCGCAGAGAUCGGCGGCCACCCGCGAGGAAGCUCACUGGGACCCGGCGCCGGCAAUUUCGGCCGAGCAGGUGUAUCGGAGCGCGGGGGAUCCGAUAGCCAAGGUUGGACUUGGUGUGGACACGAUGGGCACAGCAGAGAUUCAGAAUUGCCACAUGGAGCGCGUGGUCCAGGCGCUGGCCCACAUCAGCACGGCGGUGCGCUUCUGGCUGAGGGGCCCCGCCCCACUCCGAGGGUUGGAGGCGCCCAUGCAAUCGCACGACGACCAGUGGGAACUCGGUGGGACCAAUGAGCUGGUUCAGGACGUCUUCGGCAACGGAACGGCGGCAGUGUCGAUCGAGACCUUCGGGGAUGCAAGUGGAGGAAUUGCCUCGGCCAUGACAAGGCUGAGGAGGGUCUGUGUUGUGAUUGUUUACACUGAUACGAUCAGACCAGAGCUGUUCAUCUCUGGCGCGGUCUUUGGCUUGUUUUUGGGCGACCGCCAGGGGGCGCCGCGAGGUACCGACACGGAUCGGUGCCAGAAGUUAGGAAUUAUUUUGCUGGAGCGAGAGUAUUGUGAGAUUGUGGUUUUCCGGACAAGUUCGCGCUUGGGCCCCGUGGAGACGUUUGACGGAAACGACAUUCGCACGCUCGUCAUCGGCAACGCGUUGGCAGACGAGUUCGCGGGUUUGCCGCGGAGAGGGCCGUCGCAGAUGAGGCGAUACGCUCGCUGA